AUGCGCGCCUCUGCCCGCCCAACGGAAUUCUGGGAACUGAAGUCCAAAACAUCUGGAGGACCAAAGGUCUUGAAACUUUUCAAAUCUUUGCACAGGACAAGGCAACAGGUUUUCCAAAAUGACUCCAGAGCCCUAGAAGCUGCAAGACUUAAGAUAAAUGAAGAAUUCAAAAACAGUAAAGAUGAGAGUUCUUCUGAAAGAAUAUCUGAGCUUAUGAAAAUUGGUUCGGAUGUAGAAGUUAUACUCAGAACAUCUGUUGUCCAAGGUGUUCACACAGACACCAACAAAUUGUUGCUGAUACCAAGAAAAGACCUGCUGCUAGACAACGUCCCUUUCUCUGAAACACCAACGCAAAAGACAUGAGUUGGGGGGAAUAAAAAUUCAUGUUGUUAA